AUGUCGCUUAAAGUCUUUGCUGCGAUAAUUCUGUCCAUAUCAGCCAAGAUAACUGCAGAAUCUCCUCGGGGAGUCUACUUUGAAAUAAAAGAAAACAGUUUUCUUUCCGCUGAUACUCUUUGGGAUAGAAAAGCUGACUCUUUGCUGUCCUGUACACUGCUGUGUGCGAGGGAAGCUGCUUGUGAAAGUGUAAACUUCUUGGCAAAUCAAAGAUCCUGUUCACUCCUUGGAAACGGACAAACACACCUGACGGAAAAACUUUUAAAACGACUAGAGGGAUCUUUCUAUGCGAAAAAGACUGAACUUCCAGGAAUCGCCAGUCCAUUAGUUUCUUCGUGCCAGAUCCUUCGCGGCCAACUCCCCUCUCUUUCCUCUGGUGUUUACUGGAUCGACCCAGACGGUGGAUCCCAGGGCACGGCUUUCAGGGCCUACUGUGACAUGGAAACAGAUGGAGGGGGCUGGACUCUUGUGUGGAGCUAUAAAUUCACUGAUUACGAUACGUUUUCUUCGAGUUUAAAUGCUAUUACACCGAGGCCGAACUGGCAGAUAAAUUCUGCUCUCAACGUCCCUGUCUCGGUAACCCCGCCGUUGGGUGAAACAGACUUCAACGCCAUGAAUUUCUCCAUAUGGAAACAACUCGGCAGACAGGUCCUCAUCAAAAGCAACAUAAACAACUGGCUGGUUUGUCAUCCGGGAACUGGAAGCUUGGUUGAUUGGCAGGAAGGGAGCGUCAAGUGUCAGGUCGUUAAAAACGUGACUGACACGUGUCAAGAUUCGCCAGCGCCAUCUAGGUUUGUGCCGAUUCAUAGUCAGACCUUUGGACCGAUCUUUUCCUCCUCCAACAUUUAUUAUUAUUUUGAUGGUUACACAUUGAUGCACUGGCCUACCCAUGAUCCUUGUGGAAAAAACGAACUCAACCAUCUGAAGAAUGUCGACAAUCCACACGGAAACAUUUUCAUUCGAUCUUGA